UUCCCACUUCUUACUUCAAAAACAACUUCAACUUCACCAACAUGGAUUUCUCUUCCAUGUUUUUCCUUUCUUUUGUUGCCUUUCUUUUCAUCUUUCUCUUUAACUCCCUUCUCAAUUGUCUUUCUUCUAAUGCUAAGAAACUCUCUCUCCCUCCUGGUUCUUUAGGCUGGCCUUAUAUUGGGGAGACCCUCCAACUCUACUCCCAAAACCCAAAUGUGUUCUUCGCCUCUAAGCAAAAAAGGUAUGGACCUAUCUUCAAGAGUCACAUAUUGGGAUGUCCUUGUGUAAUGAUUUCAAGCCCUGAAGCCGCAAAAUUUGUGCUUGUAACUAGAGCUCAUCUCUUCAAGCCAACAUUUCCUGAUAGCAAAGAAAGGAUGAUAGGCAAACAAGCCAUAUUCUUUCACCAAGGAGACUAUCACACCAAGUUGAGAAAGCUUGUUCUUCGCGCUUUCAAGCCCGAAGCGAUAAAACAUAUCGUCUCUGACAUCGAAUCCAUUGCUACAAGUACUCUUCAAUCUUUGGAAGGAAGGUUGAUCAACACUUUCCAAGAAAUGAAAACAUACACAUUCAAUGUUGCACUGCUUUCUAUAUUUGGAAAGGAUGAAGUGCUCUACAGAGAGGAUCUAAAGAGGUGCUACUACAUUCUUGAAAAGGGCUACAAUUCAAUGCCCAUAAAUCUUCCAGGGACACUCUUCAACAAAUCAAUGAAAGCAAGGAAGGAACUGGCUCAAAUUUUAGCCAAAAUCCUCUCAACAAGAAGACAAAUGAAGCUUGACCACAACGACUUGCUUGGAUCUUUCAUGGGUGACCAAGAAGGCCUCACUGAUGAACAGAUUGCAGACAACAUUAUUGGCGUUAUCUUUGCAGCUCGUGACACAACUGCAAGUGUUUUGACAUGGAUUGUCAAGUACCUUGGAGAAAACCCCAGUGUGCUGCAAGCUGUCACCGAAGAGCAAGAGGCCAUUUUGAGGAGUAAAGAAAAGAAUGGUGAUGACAAGGUUCUGAGUUGGGCAGAUACCAAGAAGAUGCCCAUAACUACUAGAGUUAUUCAGGAGACACUCAGAGUUGCCUCAAUCUUAUCUUUUACUUUCAGAGAAGCCGUGGAAGAUGUUGAAUAUGAAGGUUAUCUUAUACCAAAAGGCUGGAAAGUUUUACCUCUUUUCAGAAACAUUCAUCACAGCCCUGAAAUCUUCCCAGAUCCUGAAAAGUUUGAUCCAUCAAGAUUUGAGGUUUCUCCAAAACCAAAUACAUUUAUGCCAUUUGGCAACGGGACCCAUUCAUGUCCAGGGAAUGAGUUAGCCAAGCUGGAAAUUUUGGUUCUUCUCCAUCAUCUGACCACAAAGUACAGGUGGAAUAUGGUGGGAUCACUUAGUGGAAUUCAAUAUGGCCCUUUUGCCCUUCCUCAGGAUGGUUUGCCUAUCAAAUUAACCCAGAAGUCAUAGGAUGAUAAUAGGAAUCCAAAAAGGGGAAGUCCCAAGACAACUUCACACUUCACAGAAGAGACAACUUCCUAAAUAUAGAAACAAAUCAUGCAUGCCUUCAGUUCAGACUAAUAGGUUUCUACUUUCUUUGAGAGAAUGAUGAAGAUAAAGACCAAUACUGUUUUACCAUAAAGAGAGAGGAGGAACUCCUCUCUUUCAUUUUGUCAAAAAGGAACAAAAAAAGUGGAAGAAACAAGUUUAAAGAUUAGCAUACUAAAAAGGAACCAGCAGACAAUUGUACAGACGAGACCAACAAACAAGAUUAUGUUCAUUUUUUCUUUUUGCUAGUUAUUAGAGAGAAACAACCCCGCAAGGAAUUAGAUCAGUUUAUGUAAGUGGGUUUAUCUCCAAUUUGAGAGUGUUUCUGUAAUUGUUUCCAAAUAUCAAGUGCCGUAAGGCCACAAUGAUAUAAAAAAAAAUUCAAUUAUCAAA